AUGAUGGAUAUCGAUUUAAAACAAGUAUUUUCUAUUCUUGACGAAAACGACGAAGGUCAAAUUCAAUUACGUCGUUUUGUUGACGUUGCUAAUAAUUAUUAUUCAGACGCUGAACAACUUGCUCGUAUUACAAAAGCUUUAGAUCCAAAUAAUACUGGUUUAAUUAAUUUUGAACAAUUUUGUGACGGUAUUUCUCAAAUAAGCUCUCUACAAGGAUUAACAUUAAAAGAAGUUGCAUCCGAUUUAACACGUCGUAGUCGAGAAAAUUCAUUAGUUGAAGAUUCAGAUCGACGAAGUUUGAAUCAAGACGGUAGUACAACGACUUUUAACGAAUACGACGUUGAAAGUGACGAAUUAUUUCAUCAUAAAUCACAUACAAAUAAUAUUCGAACACCUACAUCAAUAAAUAAUACAACGAAUACAAAAAAAAUUACUAAUCAUCAUCAGAACAGUAAUAGAAAUAAUUCAUCAAACUCAUCAAGAUUGGAUUCUCCAUUUUACGGUGACGAUGAAGAAUUUACUGGUGUAGCUGAACCAAAUUCUAAUACUUAUUCAACUGAGACCGUCUAUCCACGAACACCAUUGCAACGUACUUCUCAGACAUUAAAACGAAGUAGUUAUUUACAACCAGUUAUACCAACCGAACAAGUUGAACAACAAUUACAAGAAACAGUUGACGAAUUACAAAAAAGACUUGAAACAUUAACAGACCAAAAACAAACAACAACUGAACGUUUAGCAAAAAUUCAAAGUGAAAAUAGUGAUUUAAAAAGCAGACUUUUAGCACUUGAAGAUCGUUUUCACGAUCUUGAAGGACAACAAGCACGUACAAUACAAAGUGAACAACAACGAUACGCAGAAUAUAUUAGUCAAAAAGAUCGAACAUUUUUACAAGAAAAAGAAGUUUUACAAUCAAGGAUUAAUGCAAUUGAAACUGAACUUAAACAGACACAAAAUGUAAAUGGACUAAUGAAAAAAGAUGUUAAAGAAUUAAAACAGAAACUUGACGAUGUUGAUAUUCAAUUACAUGAUAGUCAAAUUCGAUGUAAUAAUCUUGCAGAUGAUAAUGAAAAAUUAUUAGAACAAAUACGUCUUCAAAAUGCAGCACUUGAAGCAGAAAAAAUACAUAAUGCACAACUUGCUGAACAAUUAUCACAUAAUCCACUCAGUCGUACUUAUAGUCGAACUGGAAGUAUUUUGAAAGCAUCGGAAAUACGUAUGGAAGAUCUUAUAGCAGAACUUCAAGAAUUGAAAUUAGAAAAUGAAAAACUAAGGCGAGAAAAUAAAGAAUUACGAGAAAAUCCUGUUGUAGCGGGUCUUAAUGAAGGUCGACACUUAUUAGCUAAUCCAGAUACACAAUCAUUUGCUGCUGAACUUGAAGUUCUUUCUAAAGAUGAGUUAAUGAAGAAAUUAAAAGAACAAUUUUCAAUUAAUGAUCGAUUACGUGAAUAUAUCGAACGAAUGUUAACUGUUAUUAUUGAAAAUAAUCCUCAAUUACUUGAAGUUACAACUAGUAGUGGUGUAUCAAUUGGUUCUAUGGGAAUGCCAUCAAUGAAUCAUCAACAACAACAAUCAUCAUUGACAACAACAACAGAUAAUAAAUCUGUUGUUUCACAAAAUUUACAAUCAACUGAAUCAAUAAAAAAAGAUUCAUCUUCAACAAUAAUAACAAUAAAAGAACCUGCUGACAAGUACUGUCGCCUGUAA